AAAGAGGGGUUGAGGGGUCGUCUUGAGUGGAGGGGCAUUACACACCCGGAGAACUAUGCAUUUUUGUUCCAACUGUCGCCGUGACAGGACUGUGCUCUAUGGUUUCAGGGGCGUCUAGCGAGAGUACAUUCGAGAAACAGACCUUAACAGAUUGUGUUUUUGCUCGUUCCUGGCGAUGAGGCCGCUUGGCAGCGAAGGGGUGACGACCAGCUUGGCAGACGUAAGCGCGCAACUUGUACAGAGAGGCGGGCAGCCCGGGUCUCCGGUCCAGUGAGACAGCAGCAGCUGGUUCUGCAGUGGAAGCCUCGGCCAUGAGCCCCCCCAGCUGUUGAAUAAGACAUGGUCAACAUGGACCCGGAGCGCCCCCUCUGACAACCUCCCCCCCGCCAGGCCCCUCUCUCUCUCCCGGUCCGUACCAUGGGGGCUGGGGGUGGAACACCACCGCUGCCGUCGGCAGCACAAUCUCCGAAGACAGGGGCCUGGCGCCCUCGACGCAUGCCCGCCCCCGGGGUCCUGGUGGCCCUGCUGGCCCUGCUGGCUGUGUCCGUGUCCAGCGCCGGCGUGACCCGGGACCCGGGACAGCAGAGGCAGGCCCCUCGGCGUCUGAGGCGAGGGUGGGUGUGGAGCCAGCUGGUGGUCCUGGAGGAGGACCCCACGCCGCGCGUCAUCGGCAAGCUGGAGUCGGACUACAGCCGCUGGGGCUACAGCAUCCGCUACAUCCUGUCGGGAGAGGGAGCUGGCGACGCCUUCGAGAUCGACGAGUACUCGGGCGAGAUCCGCACGUGCCGCAAGCUGGACCGCGAGGAGAAGGCCUUCUACGUGCUCCAGGCGCAGGCCAUCGAACGGGGCACCCAGGAGCCAGUGGAGCCCCAGUCCGAGUUCAUCAUCCAGGUCCAGGACAUCAACGACAACCCCCCGCUGUUCCAGGAGGAGCCCUACGUCUGCAGCAUCCCCGAGAUGAGCCCCAAAGGGACCACAGUGGCCAGGGUGACGGCCACGGACGCCGACGACCCCCAGCAGGGGAACAACGCCCGGCUGCUGUACUCCAUCCUGCAGGGGGAGCCCUACUUCUCUGUGGAGCCAAAGACAGAGCAGAGCUAUUUAUUCUCGGCGGCGGUGGUGUUCAUCAAGGUGCUGGACGUGAAUGACAACGCUCCGGCGCUGGCCAGUGAUUACCGGCCGUAUAUCUGCGAGGGGACUCCGGCGGGAGAGCUGAUCCAGUUGCUGGAUGCGGUGGACCCUGACGACCCGCCGGAGGGACAUCACUUCUACUUCUCCAUGGUCCCAGAUGCGCACAUCAAUCCCAACUUUACCAUCAGAGAUCACCAAGACAACACGGCCAGCAUCGUGAGCCGCCGCAGCACCUUCACCCGCAAGGACCGCGCCCACUACCUGCUGCCGGUGGUGGUGGCGGACAGCGGCGUGCCCCCGCUCACCAGCACCAGCACCCUGACCGUCACCGUGUGCGGCUGCAGCCCCGCGGGCCACUGCCCCCUGGGGGGUGCCGGCGUGGAGGCCCGUGCCCUCUCCAUGGGCACCAGCCUCAAAACCCUGCUGGGCGUGCUGGUGUGCCUGGCCACGCUCUCAGCGCUCUCCGUCCUCACCCUGGGGGUGAGGAGGAGGAGGAGGCGCAGGAGGAAGCAGCAGGAGGUGUCCGGGAUGGCGGAGGACGUCGACGGGGAAGACCUGGAGCUCCCAGACCAGGUGUCCCAGAAGGUGCUGCGCUACGGCGAGCCGAGGGCCCCAGGGCCCCAGCUGGCCUCCACCCCCUACAUCUCCUCCCCCUGCUCCUCCCCCUCCUCCCCGCCGUCAGUGCCGCUGCGGCCCCACCCCAGGCGGCGGGACAGGAAGCUGCGGCGGGCGGAGGUGGCGGCCAGCAUACGCAUGUCCCUGCGACACUCGCACCUGAUUGGCCCCGAGGACGAGGUGUUCCGGCAGUUCAUCUUCGACCGGUUGGACGAGGCCGACCGGGACCCGUACGCCCCGCCCUUCGACUGCCUGCGGACGUACGCCUUCGAGGGGGCGGGCUCCGACGCCGGCUCCCUCAGUUCCCUUGACUCCUGCGGGCUGGCCGACUUCGGGCCCGAGCCGCCGGCGGGCCGGCCCAGACCCUUUGUGGUCCCGCUGACGCCCUGGUACGGGUCGGAGGAGGACACCUUCUGAAGGCCCCACAGGUGGAGAGUCUGUCUUUGUGUGUGUUUGACUUUGAUCACGAUCGCAGACUUCCCUAAAGACCUUGUUUCAUCUGGAGUUGAGUGAACACUAUGAGAUUGAAUAAAUGAGGACAGAGAUCUUUGGAGGGGGGCGGCGUGUGACGACCCAUUGCAACUUUGUGAUACUUUUUCGUACCGUCGUUGGGUAUGAGUGAUGUAGUGAGCGAUGUUGGGUAUCAAAUGCACCAGUCACUGUAGUGUUACACUGGGAAGCUUAAGCCCCUAGCGUUCUACUAUCGUGGGCCGGGAAGCCCAACCAUCUCUAGGCCGCAUAAACCAUCAAAAUCAACGUCUUGUUUCAGAACAACCCUCCAUACAUCCGCAUUCACACAAACCAAGGCGUUGUACAAUUAGUGUCUGAGCAGCUUAACCCUCUCUCAGUCAGCCCUUACUGACUGAGAGAGUCAGUCAGAGCUCAACACACCCACACACACAUCGCCGCUGUCGUACCUUGGUCGUACCUUGGUCGGGACGUCGAUGUGUUUACACCUCAGCUUCACAAAAAGACGUGCGUUACCUAGGUCUGAAUAAGAGUGGGGUUAUCAGGUAGUCUUUAAGGUAGGCAUAAACAUAGGAUUUUACCAGUUUUCUCUAAAAUAAAGUCUUGUUUUUAGGAACUGAGAUAAAAUGGCUUGGACUACCUUGUUCAUGAUCCCCAUAAAAACUAAGUUGGAAGAAAGAAAACGUUGCUGUCUUUACUAGCCCUUUAAGGACAGUGGGUAACAACUCCAAAACUCAAACUAAUAAUAGAACACUGGUCAGGGAUCCCUUGUCCAGUGAACUCUGCCGGUGUGAUAGGUGAGGGGUGGAUGGGCAUGAUCGUAAAAACGACGAGACAUAUUGUCUGUUCAAUGUCUCCGAUCAUCAUGUGAUCGAUCGAUCGAUCAAUACAUUCUUAGAAACCCUCUCUGCUACUCUCUGUAGCUUCCGUCAUCAGCAGAAAAUAGAUCCAAGCACUCUGUUAAUACACUGAACACAAAGGUACACUAACCAGGCUGUAGGACUUGCAGUAUUUCGUGUUGUAAGCAUUUUAUACUAUUAUGCAUACUAUUAUAUAUACUAUUUUUGUUGACGUAUUUUGUGUAACAAAUUUUACAGUCUAUACAUUUGUAUGAAAAUGAAUAAUAUUUCAACCAA